UAAUAUGACACAGGUAGCUAAAAAUGUGCAACAUCAUUGAUUUUUAGCGAUAUCAAGGUUUUUUAUUUAUCUGCAGAAGGGUUACGAUAAGGAACCACUGAUAGAUGUUGAUAGUUCGCUGAAAUGUCGAUUCCGACGACUGUAAAGGCAACUUCAGCCAACCCGGAAGAGUGACGUCAUAAACAAUAACAAACCAGACUGCCUGUGUCUCCUCGUGACCGCGUUGUCAUGUUAGUAAGCAGACAAAACACGCAAAGUGAAACCUACCGGCCCGAAUUCCGUUCACUGGGUGCAGCGCGUUCUCUCCCAGCAAUUAGGCCGUAGUGUCGCUUACACCCACCAUUCAUUCAUUCAUUCCCACCCUUCUCCGUUAGCUUAGCACGCUCACACAGAUCGACAUAAUGACAUGCGUGUGAGCAGAGCCACGCUGCUCCUCCUCCUUGGGUAUUUCGAAAAAGCCACUUCUGCUUUUUGGAGGGGCAGACAAGUCGUUCUGACGCCGUUGGAACCGACAAGGCACACCGACGGCGAUGGAGCCACACGCGGCUGGUCCGGGCUGUGUGAACGUUGGCUGCCUGACCAGCACCUUGCCGGUGAUUCCCUACCAGAAGCUGACCGACUUGUACUACCUGAGCAGAGGGGGCUUCGGUACCGUGUUCAAGGCGCAGCACUCCGACUGGAGGACCACCGUGGCCAUCAAGUGCCUCAAGUUGGACUCCCCGUUCGGCGAAAGAGAGAGGAAGUGUCUGCUGAAGGAGGCAGAGGUCCUCCACAAAGUCCGCUUCAACUACAUCAUCCAGAUUUUUGGGAUCUGCAACGAGCCGGAAUUCUUCUGCAUUGUGACCGAGUUUAUGAGCAAUGGCUCUCUUGACCAACUGCUGCACGAGAAGGACAUGUACCCUGUGCUCGCCUGGCCUUUGCGACUGAGGGUCCUGUAUGAGAUCGCCUUGGGAGUCAACUUCCUUCACAACAUGUCCCCGCCCCUUCUACAUCAUGACCUGAAGACACAGAAUAUUCUGUUGGAUAGCGAAUUCCACGUCAAGAUUGCAGAUUUCGGUCUUUCUAAAUGGCGGCAACUCUCUGUCAGUCAAGGCUCAGGGUCCAAACCGUCUGAAAUUGGUGGCACGGUGAUCUACAUGCCCCCUGAAGAGUACGAACCCUCCAGGAGCCGCCGCGCUGACGUCAAACAUGAUAUGUACAGUUAUGCCAUCAUCAUGUGGGAAGUGCUUUCCAGGCAAAUUCCUUAUGAUGAAGUGACCAACCCCAUGAAGAUCAUGUUCAACGUGCUUCGUGGGAUGCGUCCUGACACAAGCCUUGCCAGUCUGUCAGAUCAGAUCCCCAGCAGAGAGACGCUUGUUUGCUUGAUGACCUGCGGCUGGACCGCAAAUCCUGAUGAACGACCUUCCUUCCUCAAGUGUCUCAUUGAGCUGGAGCCCAUGGUGAGGAAGUUCAACGAAAUCGACUUCCUGGUGGCUGUUCUAGAGAUCAAGAAGUCAAGGCUGAACCAGAGAUCCACCAGCUGCUCAGCACAGCCCGAGAGCGAGAAGACGGCUGAGGACGAAACUCUGACGAAGCUGAAGGACACGUCGCGCACUUGGCCGGAGAGCACCACCUCAGGCUCAGGCUCUUGUUCCUCCCAGGAAACAGACAUAUCACUACCGGGCGCCCUCACCAGCAGCAAUGUGGCGCCUUCUAAAGAGGGACCUCCAGCAUCAGUCUCUGUUCAUACUCUGGAGCCCCCCGAAUCUCUGAAGGACAAUCUAAAUGGCUUCCAGAGCGCCCGGCCCAUGAACGACCUGAGCAAAUCUCUAAAACCUGCUCUGCCUAUAUGGGAGGGCGUGACGCAGUUGGAGGCCCUCACACUUAGUGUAAAUUAUACAAAGCCACAAGAUAACUCGCCUCCAUUGCGCUGCUCAUCGCCUUCGCAGGGUCCCAUCGGUCAGUGGAUGUCAACGCGACGUGAGGAGAUCGUGGCGCAAAUGACGGAAGCCUGCCUCAACCAGAGCCUGGACGCCCUGCUCGCACGCGGCAUGCUGAUGCGCGAGGAUUACGAACUGGUGGUGAACCAGGCCACGCGUGCCGCCAAGGUCCGCCAGCUCCUGGACAACUGUCACAGGCACGGCGAAGACUUCUGCCGCGUCGUCGUCCACAAGCUACACCACAACAAGCAGAUGGGCCUCCAGCCGUACCCCAACGAAAUCAACUCGGCCGGCACAGUCUUCGUGCCCAGCGUCCCACCGCUUUCGGUAUCCUACAAUAUCCCCAGGAACAUAUAGGUCCGCAAUGGGAACUGUCCAGAUCCUAGACUGUGCCAAAUAUUUGCGCUAUCGACCUUUUCACCAGGGGGUCACGUGUACAGUACUUCCGGGUGGCAUAAACUCAGAUGGCACCACCAGAAAACAGGGUACAUAGUUUAAAUUAUGAUUUUUAGAUGUGUUAUGAUUUUCACCAGUAAUGGCAACAUGCGCGGCCCCACAUGUUGCUCAUGCCAUGAACGGCCAUUGGUUGCAGUCUAAAAGAGGAUGUUAGGGGGGAGGUACAUUGCUUCCAAGACAUAGUGAACAUGAUCAUUGAGGGACUGGCUCAUUAAUUGACUAUUCUGUUGCUUGGAUUAAUGGCACAGACAGGGUUAGUGAAGUUCAUUUUCUAUGCGAACUUGUUAAAAGUUUAGUUCUCCGUUCCAAAAAUGAACUAUUCAGUUCAUAGUCCGUUAUUCAAAAUGUUGAACUAAGUUCACAGUUCCAAAAAUGAGCUAGUUCAUAGUUCUUUUUUUUUUCCUCUCAAUAUGUUGCUGAUGGGCUAUUACCGUCAAAAUACUGGCAUUUCAUUUUUCCCAUGUUUUCAACCAUUCAGUCCACACUAGUACCCAGCUGCAGCUUUCACUGUACAAUCUCAAAAACAUGAGGAAAACCCUGUUGCUUGAAUGGUCUUUUGUAAAAUGGGGAAUUAAAACAAAAACAGGACUUUUGUCCUUGAUGUGCCAACAAAAACACGCAAAACAGUAUAACAGGAACGAUGGUGAAAGGAUGAUGAAAACUUUGCAUUCCUUGCAGCGCUGGCUGUCUAUAUUAACAAACUAUUUGAUCUAUUCUUAUAUAACAAAGCAAAUACUGUGUCUGCCGGCGCAACCCCAAACAUAGGUUUUUCAGUUCCAGUCAGUAGUAGCUUCUGCCACCUGGAAGUACCUUGGUGUCGAUUGUUUGCAAAUGUUGUUAAAAGAUCCGUUUGCUGGAUCCAUUUUUAUUGAAAUUGUCAUCAUGGCUCCUGUCAGUGUUAAUACCAGAGGGAGAACUGCUUAAGUAAACAGUCGUUGAUAUACAAAC